AUGAGUUUGGUUCCUGAAGACUUACCGAGCUUAGAUUUGAGACCUUUUUUUGUUACCAAAACUAUCACUGAUCUUCUCAGCCACCUUUCCUCCACCCCAAAUGCUUCCCACAAGAGUUGCUUGCUCGAAGACUUUCUCAACAGAUUGGAACUCGAAUUGGACAAGAUCCAAGCGUUCCAACGCGAACUUCCUCUCUGCAUGUUCCUCUUAAAUGAUGAUGGUUUGAGUUUAUUUUUCUCUUCAAGUUUCAAUGAAUGCACUAAUACGAGCACUGUUCUUGUUUUUGUGGUGGCAGCAAUUUCAGCUUUGAAGGCGGAGUUAGAAAAAUGCAGAACUUACAAGUCUGAGCCUGUUUUGGAGGAGUUCAUUCCUCUGAAGAAAGAGUAUCAAGAGAAGAAGGUUAGUGAGAAGGAAAAGGAAUGCAGGGACAACAAUAAUUGGACGAGUUCUUUUCAGCUUUGGAACACUGACGAAGCUUAUAAAAGGGACAAUGCAUAUAGAUUGGACCAACAACAAAACAAGAGUAAUGAAGAAGAAAGACAAUCUGUGGCCAAGGACUAUUUCCAAUAUGCUGGAAAUAGAAAUGUAGAAAGGGGAUUUGUUAUGCCUUUGUCCACUUACCUUCUAACAAAGGAAGAAUGUGAUGUCAAUGAACUUUCUCUUCAGACACCUGAAACUGCAGUGAGAAGCAAAAGGGAAAGAUGUGGUUCCAGAAUCACAUCUUGCAGGGUGGUUUCCUCCAUCUCUUCGCACCUGCUGCAGCCUCAAAGUGGCCGGAAACAAAGGAGGUGCUGGUCGCCGGAGUUGCAUCACCGCUUUGUUAAAGCAUUAGAGGAGCUUGGAGGCUCUCAAGCAGCUACUCCAAAGCAAAUUAGGGAACUCAUGAGGGUUGAUGGCCUGACCAACGAUGAAGUAAAGAGUCAUUUGCAAAAAUACCGACUUCAUACAAGGAGAGUUCCAGUUGCUACAACUGCAGGAGGCUUAUGGAUGCACAAAGAAUCCUUGAAGGGUAGCAGUUCUGGUUCUCCUCAAGGCCCUCUCCAAUUAGCUACACAAUCUGGGGAAGCGACAUCCAGAACAGAAGGUGGCAACAUGAUAGAUGAUGAUGUAAAAUCGGAGGAUGGAUUUAUGAAGAGAGGCUUUUACCGUUUUGAAGGACCAGUUUUCCUUCUAUGCUAUGAGUUUUCAAAUGAUACUCCGAAGAAAUUUUGUGAAAGAGCUUUUGAAAAGUAUGGAAUUAUUGGUGAUGUUGAAUGGAAAAAAAUUGGAUAUCUCAAUUUGGGUAACAAUGCAGAGUUAAGUGUUUCUGCUUCAUUCAUUGAGUUAGCAAAAUGUGACCUUCAACCUAGGGAUAUUUGGUGA